AUGUCUCAGCCGAGUACUCCUACCAAGGAGGAGCCUCAAGUUACACUCUCUUCCGAAAAGAGCUCUGGAAAUGUCGAUGCUGCGUGGAAGUUCCUCGACCAGAACCGUGACGCUGCUGGUGCUUCUGAAGAUGUUGACAUUGACAAGAUGAGACGCAAGAUUGACUGGCACAUCGUUCCUCUCAUGUUCUGUUGCUACACAAUGCAAUUCCUCGACAAGGUCAUCCUAAACUACUCCGCCGUCAUGGGUAUCCACCAAGAUCUCAAACUCCAAGGAAACGACUUCUCCAACGUCGCAACCUUCCUAUUCGUCGGGCUUCUCUGCUUCGAGAUCCCCAACAUUUACUUCCUCCAAAUGGUCCCUGCCGGCAAGUGGCUGGGAGCCAACGUCGUGGCCUGGGGUGUCGCUACAGCCUGUGGUGCUGCGGCGCAUAACUACCAGACCCUUCUCGUGUCGCGAAUCUUUCUAGGUAUCUUCGAGGCGACCAUCGGACCAUCCCUGAUGUUGAUCAGUAGUCAAUGGUACACGAAGUCUGAGCAGGCUCCUCGCUUCUCCUUCUGGUACCUUGGUCUAGGCCUUGGUCAGAUCAUUGGUGGUGCCGUCUCCCAUGCCUUUCAGCAUAUCGGGCCCGGCGCUGCCCUUGCUGGAUGGCGUAUCAUGUUCAUCACCCUUGGUCUGAUUACUGUUCUCAUUGGCUUGGCCACACUUAUCUUCCUUCCUGAUACGCCAAUGAAGGCCAAGUGGCUGUCUAGCAGUGAGAAGGUUGCUCUGCUGAAGCAUGUGAGCGUUAACCAAACUGGUAUUGAGAGCAGGAAGUUCCGUCCCAAGGAGAUUGUCGAGGCUCUAUGCGAUCCUCAGUUGUAUCUCAUGCUUCUCUCAGUCGUUCUUCUUUCGGUAUCGUCCGGUGUGGUCACUACCUACUCUGCUACUCUCAUCCGCAACCUUGGCUAUGAUCCCAAGAGGGCUGCUCUGAUGAAUAUGCCAUCUGGUGUUGUGAGCAUCUUCUUCACAUUAGCUGUUGGAUUUGGUAUUCGCCAUAAAUCUCAUCGUUGGGCAUGGAUCAUUGCUUGUAUUAUCCCUGCUAUCAUCGGCGGCGCCCUCAUGUCGUUUCUCCCUGCUACAAACAAGGCUGGUUGCCUCGUGGGUAUCUACCUUGUCAACGCCGUCGUUGCCCCUCUCACCAUCUUCUACAACUGGACAGCCGCCAACUUCGGCGGUGCUACCAAGCGAGCUUUCGCCGCUGCUAUCGUCAGUGGUUCAUUCUCACUUGGUAACAUCAUUGGACCCCAGACUUUCCAAGCCAAAGACGCUCCGGAUUUCAGGCCAGCGAAGCUCGCUGUCAUGGGUACUCAAGCCGGAUGUGCUCUCACCACCUUUGCUCUCUUCAUGUACUACGUCUGGGCGAAUAAGAGAAGGGAUGAUCGCACUAAGCAGGUCGAGGACGCUUACAUGUCUCCGGAGGUCUGGUCGACUAUGACGGACAAGGAAAACAAGCACUUCCGUUAUACCUAUUAG